CCUUUGUGGGAGCUCACAUGAUUCAGUGCUUCUCUAUUAAACAAAUAUUCCUUCAUGUAGAAAACCAGCAUGUGAGAGAGAAGAUUCUAGAAUUCCUUCCUGGUAUGCUAGUUUACUCUGAGCAGGCAGGAGUACUUAGUCACGAGCUUUUUAUACGAGGCAUUUAUUGUGCUCUGGUCACUGCCUGCUCAUGGGUUGUUUUGCAGUUUCUUUAGCCAUCAUCGUGACUGUCCAGUUUUGCUUCUGCUUUUAAAGAGGGGCUAUGUAGUAGGAAAGCAGGAAAGGAAAUGUUCUUCAUGUAAAGCCCUGUCCUCAGUGCUGCAACAAAACUGAAAGUAAAUACAGCAGAGCUUUUCGUAUUAGAAGAGCUCCAUGUCAUCCCAUCACUCAUAGUGUGACAUCUUCAAGGGAAGUGGGCCUCUCUUUCAUGGGGCUGAGUCACUCUAUGUCUGCCUCUCACCUUCCAUGGGGUAGCUCUGUACAACCAGAGACCUUUUGAGGAAGCGUGAAACAUAACUGUGAUCAGUUACAGAACUUAGUGCAAGUGACUUAUGACAGAUAAUGUUUUUUCCACAGAUCUAUGGACUUGAUGUACUUCAGGUUCAUCAUUCAGGUUUUGGCCCAGGGCCCCUGCCCGUCAAGAAAAUGUUGGAUCUUGAUCCUGUCUUCUAUGGCAUUAACCAUCGCUUCCAGCAGAGCAUCGGGUGAUGGGAUCUCUUCUGCUCCCACUGAGCCUGAAGACUCCUCAGUUUGAUUAGGCUCUUAAAAUUUCGGGGGAAUAAAGUGUUCCCAAGCAUUGCUGUCAUCUCCAAUCAAUAUUGCCUUCUCCUGAUGUGCCGGAAACACAACUGCUUUGGUUUCAUCGUUCUUGCUUCCAGUUUCAGCCUGUAUAUAUGUGUAAAUACCCCAUAUGUUACUGGAAUGCCACACAUCUCUAGUGACUUCCUUCUCCGGAAAUGGAAACCUUGCUAAAGCAUGAAUCACCAGUCCUCAUCCUGUCUCACUGGACCAGUGCCAUCGACGGGUACAGAAGGCAGGCAGCUCUGCGCUCUGGGACAGAAGGCGACUUCUAGAUGGUUCUCUGGGCUGUGGUAGAGACAGACUGAAGCCAAGAUGGUCAGCUGAGCCCUGGAUCGUACUCUGGGCCAUUCAGCAAAACCACAUGAGAUGCAGUAUCAGAAGUUGGGGCCAUCCCAUGAAGAUGAUUGUGCUAUCCUCAAUUAGUCAAAACCAAUUUGACCAGUUAGUCAAACCAAAACUUGCCCAGCUGUUGUGUGGCUUCACAUGCAGGACUCCUCUGCUUCAGCUUCCCCUCUUCCGACUUCGCAGAGAGCACACACACCAUGAAACUGGAGCAGGAUGAAGCACACAAAGCCAUCUGGGGAUGGAACAAUGCGUGUGCUAGCAAAGUAUGAACUUCUUCAGCUCCAAGCAGAAUAUGACUGGAAACUGAAGUCAGCCGAAAAUGCAAUUGUUAAACUGCAGAAGAAUUCAGAGUCUAUUGUGAGUUCAGUAUCUGAAGUCAAAACCUUGGUGGAAGAAAAGUUUGACGAAUUGCUACAAGCCGUCAAGAAGGCUCACUCGGUUGUACUAGCUUUCCUGGAGGAGAAAGAGCGAGCUGCAGUGAAUCAUGCCAAUGGCAUAAAGAUCCACCUGGAGAACAAGCGAGGGACGAUGGAGGAAUGCAAGAACAGGCUGGAGAAGAUGGCUACACACACCAAUGACAUCAUCUUCCUCAAGGAAUACUGUGAAUUCAAGAAGAGUGAAGGAGAUGACACACUGCCCAGUGUGUAUAUUGGACUAAAAGACAAAUUGUCAGGCAUCCGAAGGGUGGUCUCAGAGUCUACUGAACAUCUUUUACAACUAUUACAAACUUCCUAUAAGGAUAAAUUGCAGGAGUUUGCCAAGGAUGAAGAUGCUGGCAUUAAAACGAUGGUGUCUGCAAUUGUUCCCUCCAAGCACCGUCUAUCAGCACCAGAGCCCCAAAGCAGGAGCGACUUCUUGAAAUACACUUCUCCACUAACCUUUGACCCUGUCACUGCCCAUCGCUAUUUGAGGCUCUUGGAUGACAAUCACAAGGUCACUAACACCACCCCGUGGGAGCACCCCUACUCCGAUCACCCAGAGAGAUUUGAGCACUGGCGCCAGGUGCUGUCAGGCAAGAGCUUAUACAUUGGCCGCUACUACUUUGAGGUUGAGAUAUUCGGGGCUGGCAUUUACAUUGGCAUGACAACCAAGAGCAUCGACCGGAAAGGUUCGGAGAGCAACAGCUGCAUCUCGGGGAACGACUUCUCCUGGUGCAUUAAGUGGAAUGGCAAAGAGUUCUCUGCUUGGCACAGUGAUUUGGAGACCCCCUUGAAAACCCAGGAAUUUAGCAGGAUAGGAGUCUAUUUGGAUUAUCCCAGGGGCACCCUCUCCUUUUACGGCAUUAUUUCCGAAGUCAUGACUCUCCUGCAUAAAUUUGAGUGCAAGUUCACAGAACCUCUGUACCCAGCUUUCUGGCUAUCAAAGAAAGACAACAGUGUGCGGAUUGUGAAGGUGCGGGAAGAGGCUGAGCAGACUCCAGCUCCUUCCAGUUCCACAGGAGAAGCUGUUUCUUUGGGCACAGCUUUGGCACCUGCGAGUGAAGGAGAAGCAAGCUCCCACUUUGCUGUGAAUUUCACCAUAGAAGAUUCAACUUAAAGAUUUAAGAGUGCCCCCUUAACUUCACCUGGCCCAUGGAAAAGAGGAUUUUGAGGAGAUUCGCUAACAAGAACAGCCUGAGAGCGUCUGGAGGUGGAACAAGCAGCACCCCCACCCACGUCACGUCACGACAACUAAGACCUGCUUGAAUCAUGGACUGGUCUAAUAGCUAACUACAGCUUCAGGAAGGCCUCUGGACAAGGCUCAGAAAACAACGCCUACAUAACUUCAUGGAAAUGAAGGCACAAGCUGCAACAGAAACAUGAUCUUUGCUUGCCUGCAUGUUCCAUGUGCUUGCAAAACCAGCUCUGAGUUCAGCAGUGCUGUCCACCUGCUAUUGGUGUGCAUCCCCAGCUCUGAAAGUGCAGAAAUUUGAAGCCUCACCUGGGUCAGUAUCCUCAUAAGUACCUGGUGUGAAAAUGCAGAAGGUACCUACCCUGGUUUUUCAAGGGAAAAAUAAAGGCAUGC